ACACAACUACAACUACUUGCACUAGCCACACUCAAAGCAAGACGACAUGGGAAUCCCAGUCCCGAUGACAUCACCGUGGCGCUGUCAAUGUGGCGCAGCAUGAACUUGGCAUGUCUGAGGCCUCUCGUGCCAACAGCGAAUAGUAGCAAUGAGGGGGCGACAAUGCGGCGAGUUGACGCGGCGCAUAUGGUUUGUCGUACAGCUGCGCGUGAUGCUUGUUUGAGUGUUCCCCCUUUCCUCACCUGCGCCGCGCCGGUUGACUUCUCUCGUCAACUUUCUCUUCAACCCAAAUAUAUCAUUAUCACAUCGCCCACCAUGGCGCCCUUCUUCAAGAAACAUAAGGACACGGACAAAGCGGGGAAGAAAGGAGGAACGGGAAAGGAGGAGGUGAAGCCAGAGGGGAAAGCAAAGACGACCGGUGCAGGCGCGGCGGAUGCAUUAGCUCUCGCCGGUUCGCCCAGUGCCGAGCCGGCACUUCUUCUCAACGACGAAGACGAGGAGUUCCUCGAGCGCCUGGUAUCAAACGACAACGAGGACGACGAAGACGGCCCGCCGCCUCCUCUCCCACCCCGUCCAAAGACCCCUGAUCUGGUCUGGGACGACAGCGAAUCGUUCCGCGUGUCGCGCUCCGAAGAGGGCUUGACUACCACCGCCCCCGCCGCGACCGCUACGGCCGCCACCACUACUACCACCAAGACUACCACCAAGAAGCCCAACCGCCUCUCCCGCAUCUUCCACCGCAAACACAGCACAUCGACCACUCUUACCGUUCCCUCCAGCACCGCCGCCGAGGUCACCCCAGAAGAGGCGGACCGCGAAUGGGCCGAUCUGAACAGAGUCCUCUCGCCCCUCGGCAUCGAGCCCGCCGAUCCUGAUUCUCCGGACGCCCCCAACAAGGGCGCCAAGAACAGCAGCAGCACCAACACCACCACCACCACCACCACCAAAGCAGGCAAGACCAGCAGGACCAAAGCCGCCGCCCUGACGGCCUCGGCCGAGAUCCAGUCCCUCCUGCGGCAGUUCGUCGUCGUGCUCAAGGACAUCAUGCGCGGCGCGCCGACCGCCGUCGACGACCUGACCGCGCUCCUCGACGGCCGCAACGACGUGCUCAGGCGCGGCUUCGAGAAGCUGCCGUCGUCCAUGCAGAAGCUCGUGACCCAGCUGCCCAAGAAGCUGACCAGCUCCCUCGGCCCGGACGUCCUGGCCGCCGCGGCCGAGGCCCGGGGCCUCAAGAAGGAGGACACGGACGCGGGCGGGCUGGCGCGCUUCCUGAUGCCCAAGACCCUGAACGACCUGGUCCUCACCCCGGCCAUCGUGAAGAGCAUGCUGAAGGCGAUCGUGAACACGCUCAAGGUCAGGUGGCCCGCCUUUGUGGGCACCAACGUGCUGUGGAGUGCCGCCGUGUUCCUGUUGCUGUUCGUGUUGUGGUACUUUCACAAACGGGGGAAGGAGGAGAGGGAGAAGAGGGAGAAGGAGGCGGCUGAAAGAGAGGCUGGAGAGGGAAAGGUGGAUGAGAAAGAGGUGAGCGUGUAAGAUGGGCUGAGGCAGGCUGAGGAGGAGGACGUGUCGAGUGCGGUGGUUGUCGUCGAGCGGCCGGUCGAGAGCUCGCGGUACUGAGAUACCCCAAACAAAGGA